AUGGCGGGACGGGCCGCGAUGCGAACCCCUGAACCGCCCGACCGCGACGAACAUGAAGAUUCGCCACCGCGACUGUCGAGACCGAGACGCACCACCAGGCCGCCGAACAAUUACGCUCGAGAGCAGGAGAUCGACAUCGAACAAAGGAAGACGCGGUCCCAACAACAAAAGAAGAAAACCACUACUGAACAAGAAGAGCGUAACUCAGCAACUUCGGACGACUCCUCAGCUGAGGACGAGGACCCGAGCAUCGCCAGUCUCGUAAAGGAGCUGGUCAAACUCAGGAGAGAGAUCAGACAGCGAGAUGAAUCUCACAAGAAAGAGCUUCGGGAAGUCAAAGAAGAGUUUAGUGCCGCCCUCGCAGAAGUUCGACACGAGCUACAGACCUUGACAGACAGACACGCGACACCGCAACCCUACUUCGAGGCAUGCUCUCGGGACAACCAUCGGCUUCUGAAGCUGCGAAACCCCUAUCUCGCGGUCGCCCUCAGAGACCACUUCGUCAGAUGGAUCCUUUCGGGCUUAGCCAUCGCCAACGAGUUCUUUGUUGGGGGCCAUACGGUUGAUCCCACGGUCGUGGAAGGCGAGGGGAUAGAAGCUUCUCUUGCUGCCGGGAUGGCCGCGUCUGCUCUGGGUCUAGGAGAAGAAUCUCCUCUCUCCUCCCUGGAUGAAGAGAUCCUAGCACUUGGCCUAGAGGAUCCGCCCGCUAAGGGCUCGGCGGUGCCCGCAGUGCCACGCACGCCUCGCCGGGGUCCUUAG